UCACAAAAUGCAUAAUUUUAUUGAAAAUACGUUGCUCGGAAACUAAAAUUAGUGUAAAAUAUUUAAAUAAUUAAUGAAUAUGUUUAUUUCAUAAAGUUUUAUAUAUUUAUAAUAGAAUAAUAAGUGAAAAUGUUACCUGUAUUCCUAUUGAUGAAUCGGAUGGCGAACCGACGUAAAUAUGUUCGUAAAACGAUCAAAUCAGUGAAACCUGAGAAGAAAGUGCUUGACGCAGACUAUUGUAGGACAUGUAUGAGUACAGAGAAUCUCGUGGCCAUAUUUCAUAAUAAGGAAUGCGAGAAAAAGCGAUCUGAGGACUUACGACUAGUCACCGGCUUGGAAAUAAAAGUUAAUGAUGGACUCCCGCAGAAGAUCUGUGACAAAUGCAUUGAAGUCAUCCAUGUGGCAUUACAAUUUAGACGCACAAGCAAGAAGUCAGAGAAGACUCUCCUCAACAAGUACUUUGGUAAAUCGAAGAAAAAGUUUACCGCUAAAGCUAGUAAAAGUAUUAAUAAAUGUCCAAAGGAGGAAACAGAGAAAGAGGAAAUAGAUUUCAGCUAUGAGGAUGUUUUUGAAAAUGAUUUUCAGAACGAACUCGAUUUUUCAUACAGCAAUGAUGACGUCACACCGAAGAAAGAUCAAGAAAUAAACAUCUCAACGGAGAAGAGGAAACGGGAAAUCAUACCGAAUGCAACGUCUUACAAAUGUAAUAUUUGCAGCAAAGAUUUUAGAAUGAAGGCCACUUAUAAAGCCCAUAUGAGAUUUCACACUAACUACUGUGUGUGUGAGUCCUGCGGUAAGCGCUGCCGCAACAACAACCAGCUCCAGGAGCACAAGCGAGCCCGACACGGACUGGGUCGUAUCCAUAAGUGCGCAUACUGUGAAUACAGCUCCGCUACAAAGGAAGCCUUGACCAUCCACGAACGCCGCCACACGGGCGAGAGGCCGUACGUGUGCGAUCACUGCGGGGCCACCUUCCACCGCAGGUCGAACCUCGUACAACACAUCGCCAUACACUUGCCCGAGAAGAACUUCCAGUGCGACAUGUGUCCGAAGCGUUUAAAAUCACGCAAAUUCCUCCAAAUACACAAACACAACGCGCACACCGGCAAGCGUUACGGUUACCUGUGCUCGGUCUGCGACCACAGAUUCGAGAAACCGAAUAAGGUCCGCGCGCACACGAGUGUCAAAUAUGUAACAAACGUGAGAAGUCACGCAAGAGACUCCAAGUCCACGAAUACAAACGGCACCGAGAGAACAGGUACAGGUACGUGUGUCCCGUUUGCCGGGAGACGUUUGCCAGGCCCGGCAGCGUCCGGCAGCACCUGGUCAGAGCGCACAACGUCCCCCGGGAGGGGCAAGGGCCCAUCGAGAAGUAUGAGAGAAAUCUGUCAACUGUACCAGAGACAUUUAUUGAAGUUCAACAAUAAUCUACUCUAGAUAUUUUAUUUUGUAUA